UUGAUUUAAGUUUAACCAAUUUUUGAAUCAAAAUUUCUAUUUUGAAUAGGAUUUCAAAUUUAAAUUAUUUUAUUUAAAUACUAAUUGGUGUUUUUUUGGUAAAGUUAUUGGAAACAUAUUGGAGAAAGAAAAAGUGAAAAACUAGUCGAUAAAGGAACAAUUGCAAACAUAAACCUAAUAAAAAAAAUUCAAGUAUAAAAAAAUUUCGAUCCAACUUUUAAGUUUAUCAGCUAUGUAUCAUAUGUUUGGUAGAAGUCUAUUAGUGAUAUAUAAGUUUAACCGUUAUUUUUACUCGUUGCAAUUUAUUCUUAUUUUAAUCAACUUCGCUCAUAUCCGGUUAAAUUAUACCAAACACUCACUUUAAGUUUGUUUCUUAAAUAUUAAAAAGUUGUUAAAUUAUACGAAAUACUCUUAAACUUUUUAUAGAUUUUGAAAAGUUUCACUUUUACUCUACUUAUGUCUUAGAUCUUGAAAACUACUAGUUUAGAGGAUACUAACACCACUCCUUCACCGUUCUUCCUUACAAGGGAAAAGAAUAUACAUGUGUGUGUAUAUAUGUGUGUAUGCAAAGACUCGAGUUUUGGAUUGUAUAUAUAUGUGUGUGUAUGCAAAGGUAGGAAGAGAGGCUAUAACAAAGCAAGAAUAGAGUUUAUUUGUUCAUUAAAGGAAGGAAGAGAAAAUACCUCAACGAACAUUUUUUGGUCUUUUCAUGAAAAACCAAGACACAAAUUCAAUGAAUAUGUAUUUGAUAGACCGUAUUUGAUAGACCAUCUAAAUUCUUUUUGUGAAAACAAUAUUUGUUCUACACAGAACGAAACAAUUUUAAAAAAAUAACAUUGCAUUUAGUAGAAUAAAAAAUAAAAUAAAACUAACAUAUUCGUGUUUUAACAUCCAGUAAAAUAAACUAAAAAAUAAAUUAGGUUAAAUUCCAAAUCUUGUCUAUAUGAUUUUGAUAAAGUUAAAAAGUUAGUACAUAUGUUUGUUAAAAUUUAGAUUUAAAAUCCUUUGCCUCUAUGGUUUGCUAUGAAAAGAUGGACAAAUUAUAACUUUAUUUAUCCUGUAAAUUACAUCAUAUUAUAAAUUAAAAACUUUACAAUUUUCUUUUAAGAGAAACAUGUAGUUUAUUGCCAACAAAUAUUGGGUGAAUAGUUGUAACUAUUUUCUAAUGGUUACAAUUUCAGAAUUUUACUACCAAACAGAUAUCUAAAAACCAAAAACAUAACUUUAUUUUCAUUUAAUUCCUUGUUUUAAAAUUUUUGUUUUCAGAGCCUCUAACAAACACGCCACGUGUUUCCAAUAAGAUAUAAGACAAAGAGGGGAAAAGUCAUCUUAAACAUAAAAUAGUCCUAAAGAAAAUCAUUAUUGUAAAGAUCAAUUUAUCAAUUUUUUGGUCUAUACCCGGGUAGGAAAUAUGUUGAAGUUGAUAGUUCAGAUUUUAUACUAACUGAGCAAUGUUCCCGUUAGCAAAGAAAAAUAUUGCACCGAAAUAUAUAAAUUAGUUUCAGCUUCUCUAAAACUCCUCCUAUUUAAAUUAUUGUCUAUAUAAUUACAAAACCUAAGAGUAAUCCUAUUCUAUUCUUGAGAGUAGAAGGAAGAAGAUACCUUUCCCAAGAGUGUUGAGUUUUUUAAGCUAUCUUGCUUCACAAAAAACACAAAGAAUCACCAUGGAGUAAGUGUUUAUAUCAACUACCCUCAUUUUAACCAUUCCAAACUCAAGAAAAUUGUGAGAGCGAUAUUUUCCAAAAAUAAUAUGGCUCAUUGCAUCUACACCCAAGCUGAAAAUAUCUUGACUAAGCUAAAAGAUUCCCCACCCUACCAAAAAAGAAUAGAGUAUGCGAUGUCGAGCCUUAAAGCGGUUCUUUUGGAUGCUGAAGAGAAGCAAGAACAAAAUCAACGUCUACAGAACUGGCUAAAGGAACUUCAAAAUGUCUUUUACCAAGUUGAGGACUCCAUAGAUGAAUUCAAAUGGGAAAUCUUCAAACAAAAGGACAUUGGAAAACAGGUACUUGCCCCUUUCUCGUGCUCUAAUCAAAUUUCUGCAAAUAAAUUGAAACAGAAAUGUAAAAGGAAGCAAGUAUGCGACGAACUCAAUAACAUUGCAACCAGAAUGUAUGAAUUUCAUCUCAAAGUAAAGCACAUUGAUUCCAUAAGUAUGGAGACAACACACACUUUCCCUAGUGCUUCAGAAAUUUCAAUAAGACACCUGAAACCAAGUUGGCAAUUGCUUUACCCUUUAAUAGAUGCUUCCAGAACAUAUGACGAAAUAUAUGAUGGAAUUUUGAAUGUUUUCAAUGAAUGUACUCAUGUAUUCCACAUAGUUGGGGAAGCCGGUAUAGGUAAGAGCACAGUGGCCAGAUUCUUGUACAAUCAUAACAAUGUAGUUGGUAAGUAUACUUCAAGAUACUGGGUUUGUGUGGAGGAAGGCUUUAAUAAACAUAGAUUGGUGAAGGAGGUUUACAGUCAUGCAGACAAUAAAGAAAUUUGCGAGGACUUGACGACAGAACAAUUGCUUUCUAAGGUUAAACGACUUCUGAAAGUGGAAACUUUUUUGCUCGUCUUUCAAGACCUUUCAAUCACCAACUUGAAAGAUCGUUCCCCUUUAGUGUUAAAUGAAUUAUUGGAGAUGGGACAACAUGGCAGCAAGAUCAUAGUGACCACACAAACUGAGGAAAUUGCAAAUUAUUUACAAGACCGUGGCUACAAGACUGAGAGACGAUCAAAGGAAAAUCUGGCGAAUGGUGACAGAGUAUCUGCACACAAUCAGUCGUUAACAAAAAAUACCCAGAACCAAGCAGUUCCAGGUUCACAAAUUGAGGAAACUGCAGACGCUAUAGCAAACAAAAUCUAUGAACACAGCCUAUCAUUAACAGAAGAUGCUCAGAAUCUAGAAGUUCCAAUUCCACAAGUUACAGAAGAUACUAAUAUUGGCUUGGGGAUCAAUCCAGAUAUCCCACCGAUAAAGCAAGAUGAUACGGAAUAUCAAACAAUUUUCAAACUUGAGAAACUGUCAAAGCAAAGUUCAUCUCGUUUAUUCAAAGAAUAUGCUUUCAGAAACAGACAAGAAGUAGAAAAUCCAGAACUCACUAAAAUAGUUGAUCAACUUUUGGAGAAAUGCAUGGGAGUUCCUUUGGCAAUAAAGUGUCUAGGAAGCUUGCUAUCUUCAGAAACUAGCAUAGCCAAGUGGAAAAACAUCGAGGAAAAGUUGUCGCUCCAAGAGAAAAAGGAAAACGGUAUUUUACAUGUACUCAGAGUUUGCUAUGAUCAAAUGCCCUCACAACUGAAGCCUUGUUUUCUGCAUUGUUCUCAAUUACCUAACGAUCGCAUAAUUUCUUCAAAUGAUAUGAUUCAGUUAUGGAUGGCAAAUGGGCUCCUCCAUUCACCUGAAGAGAAGAACUCAACUAUGGAAAAUAUAGGUGAGAAGUACUUCAUGGAGCUAUGGUCAAGAUAUUUCAUUCAAGAAAUUGAAGAACAUGGGCUUGGCUACUGGAUUAAAUUGCACCCUCUCAUCCAAAAACUUGCACACAAAAUCACACAAGAACAAUCUGAGGGCUCGGGGGGCAACAAUCAUCCCAAAGAAGUCACUGAAAUAAGAUCCAUAGCCUUUCAAGAAAGAAAUAUGGUGCUACCUAAUGCAUCCCUAACUGAAAAGUGCAUCUGGAAGUACAAAGGGUUAAGAUUGUUGUAUUUAAGCAAUGCAGACCUACAGGAAAUUCCAAAUUCCAUAGGAACACUCAAGUACCUGAGAUACCUCGACUUGCAUGGCAAUACGAAAAUCAAGCAUCUACCAAAUUCAAUAUGUAAUCUACAAAGUUUGCAAACCUUAAUUCUUGGAUCUUGUUCCGCACUUGAAGACCUGCCCAAGGAUAUAAGGAAUUUGAUCAGCCUGAGAUACUUGUGGGUAACAACAAACAAGCUUCGUCUGGACAAAAACGGAGUUGGAACCAUGAAUUCUCUGCGGUUUCUUGCCAUUGGAGGGUGCAAUAACCUAGAAAAUCUAUUUGAACGCCCAGAUUGCCUUGCAGGCCUCGAAACCCUAAUGAUAUAUAAUUGCACUACCUUGAAAUUGUUGCCAGACGAGAUGAGAUAUCUAAAAUCACUACAAAAUUUGAUGAUUUGGAGUUGCAAGCAACUUACACUAAACUUAAAAGAAGUGGAAUUCAAGCUUCAAAGAUUCACGAUCAAAGAGCUUCCAAGAGUGGAAAGAUUACCCCAAUGGCUUGAAAACUCGGCAGAAACUUUGAGAACCUUGCAGAUCAUCAAUUGUCCCAUAAGAAUAAUGGAACGACAGGGAAUUGAAAAGUACGAAGCAGUUGAAAAUACCAUAAUCUAUGGUGCUGUAAGGUUUGAAAUGGCACCACCAGGUUACGACUUCGAACACCGGAAUUUGGCAGUGCGUAAUGGGAAUGAGGAGAUGCAUAUAUAUCCUUAGUCAUUGCUAUUGAUUUUUGGAACUUACAUUUGUUAAUGUAGUCUAAGUGUGAUAAUGGUUCAAAUUUAAAAUGUUAAUAUCUAUGUAAGUGUGUCCGCUAAACAUGUUUAUUCUAAUUUGUAAUUUUUCUGGAUCGUCUUCUUUCCUCCAAAUAAUUCAUACAUUAAAUCAAAUUGUUUCUUUUUUCUAAAAA